AUGAAGAGACAGCGAGGUAAUGAAGGAUCGGAGUGCAUAGAUUUGGCAAAAUGUCUUCUGCUGUUCUCUUGUCCACAAGAAAGCAACAAAGUACGAGAGAAAAGUUUUGGUUCUCUGGAUUUUGAGUGCAAGACAUGCAACCGCAAGUUCUCAUCUUUUCAAGCACUGGGAGGGCACAGGGCAAGCCACAAGAGGCAGAAAGUUGAAGGGGGGGAACUGAAAGAAGAGGGAAAAAGUCUUAGCUUGUGGAGCAAACCUAAAAUGCACGAGUGCUCCAUCUGUGGCCUAGAAUUCUCUCUGGGGCAGGCUCUGGGAGGACACAUGAGAAAACACAGAGGUGUGAGCAACGAAGGGUUUGUUCCUGUUCCUUCUAUGAACCAAGUCAUUGCGAAAACCCCAGUUCUGAAAAGGUCGAAUAGCACCAGGGUCAUGUGCUUGGAUUUGGAGUUACACCUGUAG